AUGGCACCCUGGACACUGCCUCUCUUGCUGCCGCUGCUGACAGUGGUGGUCUGGCCUCUGGCAGUACAGCCUGCGCCCCCCACCUGCUACUCACGGAUGCUGACCCUGAGCCGUGAGAUCACCGCAGACUUCCAGAGCCUGCAGGCUUCAGAACCUGAGGAUUCGUGUGUGAGGUACUUGCCCCGGCUCUACCUGGAUAUCCAUAAUUACUGUGUGCUGGCCAAGCUGCGGGACUUCGUGGCCUCUCCUCAGUGCUGGAAAAUGGCUGAAGUGGACACUCUGAAGGACAGAGUGCGGAAGCUGUAUACCAUCAUGAACUCCUUCUGCAGACGGGACUUGGUGUUCCUCUCAGAUGACUGCAAUGCUUUGGAAUACCCAAUCCCCAAGACCACGGCUCCUCCAAACCAGCACAGCUAA